GGAAUGACAAGCCAAGGCUGAACGCUGCCCAGAUGCGCUUGGCAUGGGAUGCUUUCCUGAGCCUCAUCUAUUCUUCAUCUUCACUUGAUGGAAGAGGGAUGGAGAAACAAGCUCGUUCUGUGUGAUUCACCCUCCUACUGUAGCGAUGAGUAACCUGCUCCAAAACACUUCUCUUUUGAAUUGGGAUGUAUUAGAAGGAAGAAACACAUCGUCUGCCCCGUCCUGGGAGCCGGAGCCGGUGGCCGCGAUCGUUAACCCGUGGGACGUGCUGCUGUGCGUGACGGGCACGCUCAUGUCCUGCGAGAACGCAGUGGUGAUCGCUCUGAUCGCCUACACUCCCACCUUGAGAGCGCCUAUGUUCGUCCUCAUCGGGAGUCUAGCGUUUGCUGACCUUUUGGCCGGCCUGGGCCUGAUCCUCAAUUUCAUCGUAACUUACAUAAUCGAUUCGGGAUUUGUCACGCUACUGUCAGCGGGGCUCCUCAUCACAGCCUUCUCAGCAUCUGUGCUCAACAUCCUUGCGAUAACAGUGAACCGUUACCUGUCGCUGUACAACGCAUUAACGUACCACACCGAGGGCACGGUGACGUUCACUUAUGUCACACUCAUGCUGAUGUGGGUCAUGAGCACCACGCUCGGUUCGCUCCCCGUCCUGGGCUGGAACUGCUUGGAGGACGAGAGCACUUGUAGCAUCUGUCCACCGGUGAACAAAAACAACGCCGCAGCUCUCGCCGUGUCCUUGCUCCUGAUCUUCGCUCUCAUUCUGCAGCUGUACCUUCAGAUCUGCAAGAUCGCGUUCCGGCACGCUCAGCAAAUCGCCGUUCAGCGUCAGUUUAUGACUACCUCGCACUCAUCUUCCACCACGAAAGGGGUCUCCACCCUCACCACCAUCCUGGGCACUUUCGCGUUCUGUUGGAUCCCUCUCGCCAUGUACUCGCUGGUGGCAGACAGCCGAACCCCUGUGAUCUACACCUACGCUACGGCUCUUCCGGCCAUCUGCCACUCCAUCAUUAACCCCAUGAUAUAUGCGUUCAGGAACCCUGAAAUUCUCCGAUCUUUAAGGAUUGCUUGUUGCUGGUGCAUGCCUUACAGUUUCACCAUGCGACCCAGGACACCCAGCGAUGUGUAGCGUCUUCAGAUUAAAGCACAGUGUUGGUGGUGGCCUGUCUGUAAAGCACAUGGCGCAUAUAAUCCACAUAUUGUAAUCCAGUGGAGUGGGUGAAUAUUUUUUGAUUUGGCCGAUUUGGUAGCACUUCAUAUCAUUGUGUCCAAGUUACAGGUACAGUAUGACAUGUUACUAUGAUUAAUUGGUAAUUAGAAUAAUUUUAUAUAACAUCAAGUUUAACUUCCUUACGUAAGGGACAUGGUGAUGGUGAAAAAUGAGAUUGGGAGGGAAAAUUUUGGUGCUUUUGUGUUGCUCAACUUGGUUUGAUCGCAAAACUUUCAUA